GGGCCCAGAGCCUCCCUUCCUCCAGGCUGAGACCCCCACCCUGCUCCCUCAGCCGCUCCCGGGCUCCGUUCCCCUCCCUGGACGCCUCCGUGUCUGUGUUGCAGUGAGGGGCCCAAGCCGGGCCCCGGCCUUGCGGGCGGUGCCGCCUGAGCAGCCAUUGCCCGCUGUGGCUUGUGUUCACUACUGUCCACCAGCCCCUCUGGAUCCCUUUCCACUGGGAAAAUACGAGAAUUUGGGGCUUUUUUUUCCUUGCUUUUCUCUCAUUCUGCAAACGGCAGCAUUUUCCCCGUGUUUCCUUUGAGAGCCGACCCCCGCGCCCAUCACAGCCUGCCGCCUCAGCGGGUUCCUCCUCCUCCACCACAACAAGAGGCUGCCGAGCAAGGCCAGGCAAACAGCUGCUGAUAACACAACUUCCAGGUUGCUCUUCCCAAGGCCGGGCCCGGGGCCGUUGAACGCCGGGCCCAGACGAGCGCCCCGUGUUUGUCUGUGAACCCUGGCAGCGACACCUGCCCCACGGGGCCUUGGUGCCAUGGUACAGCCCGGGCUAAUGACCCUGUUUAUCCUGUUUGGGUAAUCCUGAUAAGGCCACACAACCCCUCCCCGCCGGUUCAUUGAGAAAAACGGCCCAGCAACAACGGGGUUGGUCGGGUGGUUUUAAUGAGGGCUGCUUAAUCAGGGCGGUCAAGGCUGCCGAGGGGUGUUCACUGUGACCCGGCCUUAUAAGAGCAGGCUGGAGCAGCCACGGGCUGGCAGAGCCAGCAGGACAAUCCACCCCGCGGCACAUUUGGGAAGGGGUUUUGCCCUCUCUCCACCGUUUGGACGAGGAGCCAUGAGCGGCAGCGUGCAGGCGGGCUGCGAGAGGUGCCAGUGCCACGGCCAGGACCGGCGGCCCGGCGCCAUCCUGUACACCCUGCUGAGCCAGGAGCUGCGGCCCGGCGCGGCCCGGCAGCGCUGCCCGUGCCGCCAGCGCCGCGCCGUGUGCCUGCGCACGCCGCAGCUCACCUGCCGCGCCGCCUCCCACGUGCUGCUCAAGACCAUCAGCUUCGUCAAAAACGUCGCCGCCUUCCAGCUGCUGCCGCGGGAGGACCAGCUGCUGCUGCUGGACAGCUGCUGGGUGCCGCUGUUCCUGCUGGGGCUGGUGCAGGAGAUGGUGACCUUCGAGGUGAUGGAGGCGCCGGCGCCCAGCAUGCUCAAGAAGAUCCUCCUCAGCGGCCAGAGCAAAGGGCAGGAGCCUGAGGGGACGCAGCCCACGCUGGCGGCCGUGCAGCAGCUGCAGUGGUGCCUCAACAGCUUCUGGAGGCUGAACCUGAGCCCCAGCGAGUUCACCUACCUGAGGGGGGCCAUUCUCUUCAGUCCAGACACGCCGGGGCUGAGGGCUGCCCUGCACAUCGAGAGCCUGCAGUGGGAGGCGCAGCGGGCGCUGCGGGAGCUGCAGCAGCCCGAGCAGCAGGCGCGCUUCUCGCACAUCCUGCGCCUCACCGCGUCCCUGCGCUGCGUGCCCGCCGCCCUGGUCACCGCGCUGUUCUUCCAGCCCCUCAUCGGGGCCGCGGCCAUGGGCGAGCUGCUGGCCGAGAUGCUGUUCGAGGUGACGGGCUGGCCAAGGGGCUGGCCCCUGCCCCGCUGAGCAGCUGCACCGGGCACGGACGGGCCCUGCGGGACCUGUGUGCCACCCGGAGGAACGGGCCCUGAGAGAUCUGUGUGUGCCACAGGACAGGAACAGACCCUGCAAGAC